AUGGGAAAACCCGGAAAAGACCGCAACAAGGGCAAGUCUGCUCGAGGCGGCAGUGCAGCAGGCGGCGGCAGGUCUCGAGGGGGCAAGUCCUGGACUUCGGGUUCAAGAGAAGCAAAGCACCGGGGUAUCAUUAACCUGGAUCGCCCUGCCUCUGCUAUCGACAACGAUCCGGCGGAGAAGACUGAAGCUGUUGUUAAUAAACUGCCAGUUAAGACUGCUAUGUGGGACUUUGACCAAUGCGACCCCAAGCGCUGCUCAGGCAAGAAACUCGCCCGUCUAGGUCUGAUCAGAAACCUCAGAGUUGGCCAGAAAUUCCAAGGCCUAGUCAUAUCACCCAGCGGGAAAUUCCCAGUCGCGCCCGACGACCGAGAAAUACUCGAAGAGCACGGCGCUGCCGUCGUUGAGUGCUCAUGGGCAUGCGUUAAUGAAAUUCCUUGGAACAGAAUCGGAGGAAAACACGAAAGACUACUACCAUACCUUAUCGCAACAAACCCCGUCAACUACGGCAAACCCUGGAAACUCAACUGCGUCGAAGCCCUCGCUGCCACAUUUGCAAUCUGCGGCCACCGCGAGUGGGCGACCGAGAUCAUGAGCCAUUUCAGCUGGGGCAGUGCGUUUCUAAAAGUGAAUGCUGAUUUGCUGGAUGUUUACUGUAAAUGCACUGAUGCGGAUUCGGUUAUUAAAGCUCAGGAGGAGUGGUUGGAUAAGAUCGAUGCCGAGUUUCAGUUGCGAGAGGAGAAAAAGGCGAGAGGUGAGGUUGAUGAUGUUUGGUUGACUGGUAAUAUGAAUCGCCUUGCUAUAGAGAGCGAGGAGGACACUGAUGAUGAUGAGGAGGAGGAGGAUGAGGAUGAGGAAGAAGAAGAGGACGACGACGACGACAAUGAAGAGCAGUCUGACUCCUAA